AUGAACAUCCAAAGUAUCACAUGGCUCUCCUCUUUUGUUGAGCGUCAACCUAGGCGUUCCCCCUGGUCCUCAUCCCGAAGGAAUUUAGCGCGGAACAUUUGCCCCGAUGCUGCCAUAAAUGACGUUGAGACAUAG